AUGGCCCAGAACCUUCCACUUGGUCAUCUAGAGAGCGCUAUUCCUGUACUGCUCGACAUCCUACGCGACAUUCCCUUCGUCGAUUUUGACCAAAGUUUAGCAUGGUCGGACUGGGCUCUCCCCGAUCAGCUCGUAUACUCGACAGUGACGGCACUCCUGAGGCUUGCGGAGAAAUCCGAGGGAAGCAAGCAGCGCAUCGUCGCUGCAAUCAUCAAGCUGGCUUCCCAGAUUGUCUCCCAGAUGCAAGGAGACUCGUUGAUUGCGAUUGUGACCCAGACUUAUCCAGCGUUCCAUGGAUUAUACAGGGCUAUCAUCUCGACCUCGUUCCAUUGGACCACCGCACAUUGGUUGUCCCUGUCGGAUGUGAUAUCCAAACUUCUCGAGGAGGAAGUCAUUGACCGUCUCAAUAACUUGCUGUCGAAUGUGGUCGAGCUCGAUGAUCCGAACAGUCACUUACCUCAAACUGUGCUCGCACGCUAUGUUGGAAAGGAGCGUCCGUUGUCUGGCUACUUCGCCGUGUGUUGUGUGAUGGAGAUGCAGUGGACAGUGCUAGCCCAAACCUUAAUCCAACCAUCCGAUGCGAAGGAAGGACAUUGUGUUACGGUGCAAGAUAUUGGUGAGGAUGCAGCGGCCGCCAACGCAGCUUGGAACGUCCUGGUCUCCCGAAAAGUCGUCAUCUCCGAGCACUAUUCGGCGGAUAUAGUCUCUGGCCUGAAUCGUGCCCAGUCUCGUGCUAUGGAAUGCUUUACAGACCUUCUGGCUCAAAUGGGCGAGCUUGAAGGCGAGCCGUCCAUGGAUACCUACGCAUGGGAAACAAUGGCCGAAUGCCUUAAAAUCGCAUCCGUGUGCUCCGCUGCACUUCAAACACUGGAUUCAAACCUACACUCGCGUCUCAAACUCCUUCUAAGUGACACAUCUCCUGUUUAUGACCCGUUCGUCCAAGAGGCUGCAUUGGAAGCUACAACUAUGCUUCUACGCAACUUCAAGUCCAUUGCUCCAGGGAUGAUUGGUCACCUUCGACGCUUUAUCGCCACGCCUCUCUCAAUCUUCCAGAUCGAAUUCGCGUCUGAACAGCAGAUGCCACUCGUGCUGUUGGCUACAGCCAAGUGCCUGGCCUUGUGUAUUCAGCUUUCCCCUGGAGAGGAUCUCAUUAUGUCCACCAUGUAUUCUCUCCUCAACUAUAUUGCUGCAUCCAGCAAAACCUCUGACGGAACCAAGCCCAUCGGAACGUCACCGUACAUGAACGAUGAUGACCCAGCGGUUAAUACGUACGUAGAGACUGGCCUUCGCUCGUUUACCGAAGAAGAGAAGCGGUUGGUAUCCAUUAGCACUGUGUGUGUCGUCUCGACAUUGGCGUUGGAGUUCAAGGUUGAAGAGGUGACCCGACUCACAGUCUCGAUGCUGCUACAAUAUCUGCGCACCGCUGAAGUCUCCGUCGAAUCGGCUAUCGCAUGGAAUCUAGUUCCUCUUGCCCUUGUCGCCCCUCAACCUUCAUUCGUCGACAUUAUUCGUGCUUUCUGUAACAUCAACCGCGCCGAAGCAAACCGUUCGUUGAACAGCAUGGUUUUAGCUGCACAAACUAGACUUGCUCAGAGUAUCAAACUGAGAUCGGCGUUCUAUGACGUCUAUCUGGCAGAGAUCCUGACUCUAUUUGCCGAUAAGGGGAUCGCGAUUCAGACUGCGUCGGGAUCUCAUCCAGAUAAAGUCGAGGCGGCACAGAUGGAAGAGUUGUGCUCACUUCUCCUGCCUCUCGAUGCUCUCCUCUCACAUGCAGAUUUCCAUCCCCAUGUCAAUGCUCUACCCACUCUUGUCACCAAAUUCCGGAAUCUCUGGCUUCUGUGUGUUCUUUUUGGGUUCACGAGCACACACAAUAAGCCCCCCUGCAUGAACGAGUGGCAUGUACACGCAUUAAUGCGUAUCGCGGAGAAGACGCCCCCGAUUGUUCUAGAGGACGCCCACGAAUUCAUGUCUGCGGAGCUCGAAUAUAAUCCCGUCUUACGCCAGGAUUAUCUACUCGGUGUGCUGCAACAACAUCGCACGACGCUGGCCAGCUAUAUUCCCCUGAAGCAAGCUGAAAUUCGCUAUCUCCUUCCGGCUCACGUCAUUUUUCUGCUCAGUUUCCAUGAUCUCGAAUCUAUCCGAAGUGCACGAGGCUACCCAUCUUCAAUGCCGACUUACUUCCUCAAUAAAGAUGUCAAUAUGCGGGAAAACUUAAUUUCUUGCAUGGACUCAGUGGCAGAAAAGAUCAUGCGCAGUUCCAUCAGUGAACUCAGCAGUCAAAUCGUCGAACAUUCACUUCCGGUUUCAAUGAGUGAGGAGAUGCAAAAACUCCUCGUUGCCGCAUGUCAUCGCAUCAACAAAGUCAGAGACGUGGCAGCCAAAUACCUUCACAGGCUCAUCACAUCAUUCCCGUCGCUGAUGUGUGAUGCGCCACUAGUCUGUGCCAUCUUGGAGGUCCUCACUUUGCUCAGGAGAGCUUGUGAGGGAGAGUUCACCGACGAGUACAAUCCGCAGCAUGAAUUCAAAUCGACAAGAUCGAAUAUCCUUCUGGAGUUAACAGGGUCCUACACCGUACGCAAUGAAAUUCUAGGCCAGCUACAUAGGAAUGCCGUUAACUGGCUGAGCUUGGGGAUAAACAGGGCACCAGUUGAAGUUCAGGCCACUUUGCAGAAAUAUCUUGCACACUACGAAACCGUGCUUCUUCCAGAAACUGUGGAGAUGGGUGCAUCAUUGGCUCUUCAAUUUGCGUGUAAAAUACCCCCCAGCGAACGGAAGAUUGCAUCGACUUCAGGGCCAAAUCCUUGGACUCCGGACCGCUCAAAGGUUCUUGCCAGUCAACUGUCCGCGAAGGAGCGCUUUGCUGGGAAGCGAGUGGGGUACGCCUCGUCAACCAUGAAGGUGAAGAUCUUCCACACAAUUAAAGCUAGUGAUUCACCUUCUACAGCCAAUUCGCUACAUCUAUUAUCACCACCGUUCGCGUCUCUUGAACAAUUGAAAGCACUGCACCUCAAACUCAAACAGACGGCCCACGAGAUUAGGGAAAAAGUGAGCGAUAUGAAACUUCCGGACUUCAAGCGACUGCUCUUCAGGGCAGCAGCGGCCUUGAUUUCAUCGCAGAACGUGCAUUAUGAACUUCUCCACGAACUCGCGCAUCUUCCAUUCGUGGCUUUCAGUCCCUCCUCCAUUGCAGUCGGAGUAGAGGCUUGGACCUGGUUGAUUGGAGAACGCCCAGACAUGGAGAUUGCUCUCAUGACGGAAAUUGAUGCUGGUUGGGCGGAAACAAUCAAGCGCGGAAAGGGAGUUUUCUCGAAAUCUAUGAACUUCAAAGACCCAUUCGAGCACCCAAUAGAGUACACUCCAACGGACAAGGCCUCAAUUGACCGUGUGAUGUACUCUGGGCAGCGUCUCCUAUCCCCACACAAUCAGUUACUCCGAAUGCUCUUGAGCCGGUUCCAGUCUGUCCGUUACAGAAGAUCAGGUCUUAUGCUCGUUUUAUUACGACUAGUUCUCCGUUCGACCAAGGCUCAUAAGCUCUUUAGUACGAACGCAAUGGCACGAGAAGGCCGGUUCUCGUUUCUGAUUUUCGGAUUUGAGGCGUUGAAGAGCUCAAAGAUGGACCUCUACUCGGAGAUACGUCUCAGAGACGGACUUUACGACACUGCUUUCUCUUGGUUUGCUACGCGGCCACAAUGGACGUUUGGAGCUAGUCGGGUUCAGCUCGAUGCAGACAUCAAAGUUUUGAAUGAAUUUAUGGAAUCUCUGCAAUCAGACAUUGUCAGGGGAUCUACAAUUGUCACAAGUUAUGAUGGCAGGCGCUCGGCUGAAGGAAAGUUCGGUUCCGAUUACUUGACAAGGCUCAAAACUCACAACCUCCUGCUUCGAUUGCUUGUGGAGAAUGAAAUAUACCGCCUCACUGUCUGGGGCAACCCCAGCAAUGAACCCAAACGUGGGAUGGAUCACCUGAGCAGCGUCGAGCGAGGCAUUUCUGAGGCUACUUGGGUCAAGGUAGUUCAAACAGCAUGGGAAGUCAACCCCGCGGUUGCGGUUCAGAUGGCCGAGAGGUUCAAACCGGCGCAAGGAGAAGUUACUCGGCUGAUCAAAGCGCAUCCAGAGCGGGUCCUCCAUGUCCCCGAAGCGUUACAAUAUUUGCUAGGCAAUCGUCUUGAUCAUAACGUGCGAAAGAGCCUCAAGAUUUUGCAUUUAUGGGAUCCAGUCCCUCCAGUAGUCGCGGUCACUUACUUCUCCCCGGCUUACGGCAACGAUUCCAUCAUCCUGCAAUACGCGCAUCGUGUGCUCGAGCAGCAUCCCGUCGAACUUACUUUCUUUUUCGUACCUCAAGUUGUCCAAGCGUUGCGAUACGAUGCACUCGGCUACGUGGAGCGGUUCAUUUUUGAAACUGCCAAGAUCUCCCAAUUGUUCUGCCACCAAAUUAUAUGGAAUAUGCAGGCCAAUUGCUAUAAAGACGAUGCAGGGGAAAUCGAGGACGCUAUGAAGCCAAUGUUAGAUCGAAUGACCGGUAUGAUGGUCCAGUCGUUAUCAGGCGAGGCGCGCGAGUUCUAUGAUCGCGAGUUCGGCUUCUUCAAAGAAGUAACGUCUAUCUCCGGAAAACUCAAACCGUAUAUUCGCCGGGAGAAGUCAGAGAAAAAGGCUAAAAUCGACGAAGAGAUGGCUAAGAUCAAAGUGGAAGUGGGGGUCUACCUCCCAAGUAAUCCAGACGGAAAGGUGGUCGACAUCGACAAAAAAUCUGGUCGCCCAUUACAAAGUCACGCAAAGGCUCCAUUCAUGGCCACAUUCAAAGUGCGAAAGGAACGCGUGGAGAUCAACACGGAUCCCAACGCUGUGGUCGAUACCUCCGCCGAGGGGGAGGGGGGAGUGCGAACUGAGUACGACACCUGGGUUCAAGCCAUCUUCAAAGUUGGAGACGACUGUCGCCAAGAUGUCCUCGCCCUCCAAGUCAUCGCCAUGUUCAAGAACAGUUUCACUGCAGUUGGCCUGACCCUAUACCUCAUGCCUUAUCGUGUGAUAGCGACCGGACCAGGGAUGGGAGUUAUCGAUGUCGUCCCAAAUGCCACAUCACGGGAUGAGAUGGGAAGGGCCAAGAUCAAUGACCUAUUGGCCUUUUUCGUCGCUCGAUUUGGAAGCGAGGAUACGGUCGCGUUCCAGAAAGCGCGUCUGAAUUUUAUCCAAUCCAUGGCAGCAUACUCCGUAGCGUGCUACAUUCUUCAAAUCAAGGACCGGCAUAACGGCAAUAUUAUGAUCGAUGGAGAACUCACGUGUUGUAAGGGCGUCAAGUUUGAGCCUAAUUCGUUCAAGCUGAACAAGGAGAUGGUCACUGUCAUGGGUGGGAGAAAUUCGGAGGGGUUCGCCCUGUUCACCCGUCUGACCAUCAAGGCGUUUUUGGCGGUCCGUCCUCAUGCUGAACAAAUCAUUGACACGAUCCAGCUUAUGCUCGGAUCGGGACUACCGAGUUUCAAGGGAGACCCAACGAUCCGGCGGCUUCGGGACAGGUUCGCCCUCCAUCUGAAUGAGCGUGGCGCAGCGGACUGGAUGGCUAGCAUUGUCCGCAACGCGUACGAAAACAUGCGGAGCACACUGUAUGACGAAUUCCAAAGGCUCCAAAACGCGAUGCGUGCCAUUAUGCUCCAAAGGAGUGCGCAUUCGCCUCAAAAGUCCUAUGUGAGCGAGGCCAUUACAGAGGUGGCCCGUCAGCUCGGAGGACCUACGUCCACUCAAGUCGCUUACGAUGCGUUUAUCACUCUCGUCUAUCAUCGCACUCUGGUAUCGAUGGUGGUUCAACUUUCAUGGCGGGUCAUGCACCCAGUUAUUAUCCCCAUCAACAACCCGGCGGCCAAGUAUGAGCAAAUCGUCGCAACUGCAAAAAGUCUCUGCAUCGCUACGGAGCUAUGUCAUAUAUCCAGAGAACGGAUCUGUCUCGCUAUACCCGCCACUUGGGACGGAAUCGAAGCAGCGAGGGAAUUGAAGGCCAGAUUUGGGAUCCGUUCCUGUAUGCGAUUCGUCUAUACAACGACCCAAGCAGUGGCGUGUGGUGUCGCAGGACUCGAAUGGAUUGCGCCCCCCGUAUCAGCUAUCAAAAAGUGGCACGACCUACACGACGACAGCCCGUUUUACGACUCUGAGCAACUUGAAUGCCAUCCUGGCAUUAUCUUUGUGAAAAGGAUGGCAGAAAUAUUCCACACGCGCAAGUUUAACACUCGAAUCAUGCCAGAGGGAAUCGAGACUGGAGUGGAAGCCACUGCCUUGGCAGGUAUCUCCCACAUUUGCCUACCCACGUCACUUGUCGAGGUGCUGGAAGCCACAUCUGGUACGGUCAACAACGAGCUGGAUCAGGUCCGGGUCAUGUCGCUAGCUCGCAUCUACUCUCCCGACUUUUAUGCCAACCGCGAGAACUUUGAGCUCGCGAUGAGGCAGGAGGAGCUUACAGAGCAAGGAAACUUGCUCCAAGAGUUGCUACAGCAGAGUGUGCGGGACGACAUGGGGCUUCGAGCGUUGAUCGAACGUGAAGUGGCGGCAGAUGAAGAGUUUAAAAAGAUUGAGCAUAUGGUCUACCGAUAG